AUGAACAGUUUGGAUGCUGAUAUUAGUAUGAGUGUUCCAAAUCGUCCCUCAAACUCAAAUAAUACAAUCUUGUCUGAAGACCGACCAUGUCACAGAAGUCAGCUUACAACCUCAGACACAGUGGGUCGUUCAAUGACCCUGUUACCCAUAAAUCACAAUCAUGCUCUUCAUCACGGGAUAAAACUGAUGCCACACAUGAAUAUACCUCACCGAGAAGUAGGAGCAACCACACCUUUAGUGAAUAACUCUAGCGCAACCAGUAGUUGUUCAAUGGCACUACCAGGAUCAAUCUCAAGUGCAUCAGAUACGGAUUGUAACGUUCUUCCCCACAACACUUCCGAUACUAGUUCAAUUGAUCUGGCAAGUCUAUUUGAGUGUCCUGUCUGUAUGGACUAUGCAUUGCCGCCGAUUCUACAGUGCCAAAGUGGGCACAUAGUUUGCGCAUCAUGCCGAUCUAAACUAUCGUCCUGCCCAACAUGCAGAGGUAACCUAGAUAAUAUCCGAAAUUUGGCUAUGGAAAAACUUGCCUCCAGUGUGUUAUUUCCUUGUAAGUACUCUACUAGUGGUUGCCCAGAAACUUUCCACUAUACAUCGAAAUCGGAGCAUGAAGCGGUUUGUGAAUAUAGACCUUAUGAUUGUCCGUGUCCUGGUGCCUCAUGCAAAUGGCUUGGUGAAUUGGAACAGGUUAUGCCUCAUCUUAUGCACCAUCACAAGAGUAUAACAACUUUACAAGGUGAAGAUAUUGUAUUCCUCGCUACUGACAUUAGUCUACCGGGUGCUGUGGACUGGGUCAUGAUGCAGUCUUGCUUUGGACAUAGUUUUAUGUUGGUGCUUGAAAAGCAGGAACGUGUACCGGAUCAAAUAUUUUUUGCUCUCGUCCAGCUCAUCGGAACACGUAAACAAGCAGAACAGUUUGUCUACAGGCUUGAACUGAAUGGACAUCGUCGACGACUAACCUGGGAAGCCUGUCCACGUAGUAUUCAUGAUGGUGUCCAGUCUGCAAUCGCCGUAUCUGAUUGUUUAGUUUUUGAUUCCAAUACAGCUCAUUCAUUUGCUGAAAACGGAAACUUAGGAAUUAAUGUCACCAUUUCCCAAGUUUCUCCACCUAUUUCAUAA